UUUUUUUUUUUUUGUACGUCCCGCUCAUACGUAAGCUGAUGCUGGCUUGGCUGCAACUUUAGACCUCUUUUUGCCCAGUUUGUAGACAAGACCAAGUACUGUUGAACAUCGCUCCGGUUCAUUUUUUGGAUCCAAAAAGAAACCGCCCUCCCCCCUUUUCUUUUUCAUUCUUCUUCACCAUCACGGCAGCCAUGAGAAGCAAAAACACCCACAAUGCUUGGUUGGCAGCCCAGCUUUUGGAAAAUCUGUGGUUGCGCAGUCAUAUUGCUAGAACACAUACCAGACGAUGUAAAGGGGCAUUGAAGCAACCUGCUCACGCCAUUCACAACGCACCUUCUCAUAAAUCACCAGCAAGGUCAUUGCCCAACGUCACAGCAACCGACAGGCACAAUGGUUCUUGUCGUUGGCAGGACAAUGGUAUGGUACUGAGAACAGUCGAUACUCUUCCCGUGAAACCAUCGCGACCAUCCUGUUCCGCAUUACGGCGACAGUAUAGUACGCAAUCCAAGAAUACCAGUACGGUAGCCCGAGAAACCACGUCGGAAGUGACCCAUCCAUCGAACGAAAGUCUGCUGAGCGGUACCAAAAAUUACGAUGAAAUUCUGUCGGCUGCCUUGCAACAGUCCGAUGCCUCCACCGCUCACUUUUUGAUCGAUAUCACCUUGCAAUUGCUACGCUCAAAGAACCCAGUGCUGGCAUGGGAAUGCUAUACCGACUUGCGCUCGCGCGACAUGUUUCAAUACAUCUCGCGCGAUAAAUUUAAACAGUUGAUUUCACAGUUCAACAAAGCUUCGACGCCCCGGGAAGCACUCGAGUAUGUAUUGACCGUGACGGAAGAUAUGAAAAGCAUGGGGUAUGCUCUCGGACGAAAGGAGAAAUUACUGCUGAUGCGGUUACUGGGAUCCAACGGAAAGAUGCAAGAGAUGGAAAAGAUCCAUCACGAUUUGCUUCAGGAGGAAUUUUUGCUGCCGGAAGCCGAUAUUCAGAAAGCGUACAAUAUCAUGCUGCAGGAAUACCAAGCCCAGAUGAAGACCUUUGAUAAACGUGUGGUGGCGGAAAAGUCCAUGGAUAUUUACGGUGAAAUGCUCGAUCGCGGAAUUCGUCCCGGAGCGGCCGCAACCCGUCUGUUUAUCGAGAACAUUCGUCGUGGCGACAGCUCCUUUGAAAUGGUCGAUACGGUGUGGGAAUGGUUCUGGAACAAGCUCGGCAUGCACGUCGGUAAGAAGAGUCAUGAUCUGGAUCCCGUCAUUUACAAGGAAAUGCUGCUGUUCUUUGCCAGCGCCGGUCGACCUGAAUACAUGCUGGAAGUCAAUGAUUUGAUUGUGAGAAAGAAUAUCAAACGCGACGUACGAACGAUGACGGCCCUGAUCCACAAAGUCGGUCGAAGCGGUGACAUUGAAAAAGCGACGGCAAUCUUGGACGAAAUGAAAGCGGAAGGUUUGAUGCCGAAUAUCGUCACGUUCAAUGCUCUGAUUGACAUUCACGUUCACAAACGACCGGAACCCGAUUUGGCGGGCGCGACGCGAAUGUACGAUAUGCUCCAUGAAGUGGGCCUGCAACCUGAUGUCAGGACAUUUGGUACCCUCAUCGAUAUGUUUGCAAAGAAGGGCGACAUUCACACCGUGCGACGAUUGUAUCAGGAUAUGAUUUCUAACCACGACCUGAAACCGAACCCUCACAUCUAUUCAUCCAUGAUUGAAUGUUUUCUCAAAGUCGGCGACCGUCAAUCCGCGAUCGACAUUCUUCGUAUUGUCCGCAACAAAAAAUCGUAUGGUCUUCGCAGCGUCGAAGCAAUUUCUAACCUUCUCAUUCGAUCGUAUAUCCGCGAUAACAACUUGAAGAAUGCAACGGGUCUGCUGCUGAACCUGCUUUUGGAUGCCAAACUUCCUCCUUCUCCCAUCACCUUUACCCCGCUUUUGGCUUACCAUGCCGAUUUGGCCGACGUGCAAGCCGUGGAAGACAUUGUUCAAAAGAUGCGCCAACUCGGUGUCAAGCCCAAUGUAUAUACAUAUACCACCAUUCUGGAAGCUUACGCCAAAGCCGGUGACAUCGAAAAGGCCGAAAGUAUCUUUGACGAGAUGCAGAAACGCUGGCAAUCAUCCGUCCGCACUUACAACACCUUGCUGUACGUCUACGUCAAGCAAAACGAAAUGACCAAAGUGCUCGAUACCUAUCAGACCAUGGUGAAGCGAUUCGUAAAACACAACGAGUUUACCUACGGUCUUUUGAUCAGUUUCUUCUCGCGUCGAAAGGAACCCAUGGCCGUGGAAUCGUUGCUGAAUACCAUGGACACCAAUCACGUCAAGCCCGGCGUCAUCCCUUGGACCCUUCUGAUGCAGACCUAUUUUAACUGCAACCGUCCCGCCGAAGCAAGGCAGGUCCUGGAACGAAUGACCCAAGCUGGUGUGGAACCCAACUAUGUAACUUUAUCGGUCCUGAUUGACGGGUGUGUCCGAUCGGACAGCCUGGCGCUCGCUGAAGAAAUUUUGGAAAACACGCUCAGUGACGUCUCUUUGCAGGACAAGGAAGCUCGAAGACGAUUUCCCGGUCGUCAACGUUUAGCCGAUGCUUCCGUGUCCAAUUUGAAGGAAUACAUUGAUCAACUGCCGACCACCAUUGAAGACGUUCUGAAUCAAGACCAUCCAUCCAACCCCAUCAUCGAUCGACCGCCGCCUCACUUAUUUACCCCGUUACUGAAUGCGUAUCGUUUGCGAGGCGAUGUGCAGAGCGUGAAAACAAUGGUGAAACGCAUGCUCCAACUUUCGGUUCCAUUGAAUGCCGUGGUAUGUACGACAUUGAUGAAUUUUUACAAAGAUCAGGAACAGUUUCAUGUGGUCGAUCGUUUGUGGAAGGCUUUUCGUGAACGGGAUGUGAGCCAUGUGGAUCUCGAAGACGAUAUUGGUUCCGUGCCCGUGUCGCUGGGCAACAGGGUUGACUUUGAGCUGUGGACGUUAGAUCCCGAUUUUUUGUGGUCGUUUGAUGCGGGAACCGCGGUGGCACCGUCUCAAUUUGCUUUAUCGAUUUACAUGGACGCAUUGACUUUGCAAGACCGGCACGACGAAGUCGAGAAGCUGUGGAGUGAAUUAACCUCGGAAGGUUAUGCGUUUGAUGAGCACAACUGGAAUCGGUACAUUGUGACCUUACUUGAUAAGGGCCAAGUUCUGGAAGCAUGCAAGGUUGCGAAAGAGGUAUUCCUGGUCACGAGCGAUACCUCUCCUCAGUUGAAGCGAUCUGUUCGUUCCCGAGAUGAUUUGGACGAUGCGGGUCAACGCCUUUACUCUCAAACAUGCCAACGAUUUGCACAAGCCUUUGAUGUACCUGAACUCUAUGAUCAAUAUCCUGCUCGCUUGUGCACGUUGAUUCCAGACUUUAUUCAUCGAUAUCUCCAAACGCAUUCAUCGUCUCCGCUCGAUCCUCUUGAUCCAAGCGAAAAAAGUACCAACUGUUAAUAAUAAUAACAACAUCACUUCAUCAUCCCUUGUGAUUCCAUUUUGUAAUUUUUUCUUUCUUUCUCUCCUAUCGGCAUUUUGUUCAUUCCAAAAUAUACAUGCUUUAGAGUUUCCAUCCAUGUGCUUGUGGUCGUAUUUUGUUUUCAU